GCCACUGUGACAAGUGGUCAGAGGUAAAGUGGAAUACUUCAUGUAGGAAUAUUUCCAAGAUGGAGAUUCAAAUUUCGGGAUGUGUUUUUUCCUCCCUCUUUCUGGAACUUGCAAACAGCCAAGGGGAUAUAGUAAGUACUGCUCGUUGUAAAGUUUUCUAUAAAGAUAUUGUUUAUUUACACUGCUAAUAUAUCUCUUGUAGGAAGGGUUUUUAUUGGGAGAAAUCGAAGAUCGAACUACGAGUACUGUCAGUGACUCGCAAGAUGUCAGUGUUAAACAUCAUCGUAUUUUUGGUGAGCUUGUACAUUAAAUUAAAUAAACUAUUUUUGAAAUAGUUGUAUUCACAAAUUAAAGGUUUUUAACCGUAAAUUUCAUUUGGAAGCAAUGGAAAACCUGGGUAAAUUUUGAGAAACAUGAAAUAAAUUUUGAGAAACAUAAAUGACGUCAUAGUUUAGAAAUUAGAACCGGAAGGAUAUUAAUUGCUAUUUAAUUUUAGGCCGAUGGAAUUAAGGUAUCAGUUUACCGUCCAACCUCGCAAGCCAGGGUUUUUAUCAUGCUUUUUACUAUUCCUCGCCUCGAGCGUGAUAAAAACCCUGGCUUGCGAGGUUGUUUACUGUCACCUAAAAUUUCAAAAGUUGAUGCGGAUUUUUUUCAUUCAUUAUUUUUCACAAUUUGAAUUUGACCGAAAAAAUCCAAGAAAAUUUUGACAAUUCUUGAGCUUUUUGCUAGCUUUCGAGCUAUCAGCUAUGUCUUUGACUCUUUCCGAGCUAUCAGCUAUGUCUUUCGCCAUGGCUUCGCUAACUCUAUUUCCAGUUUUUGAAUACAAGCAGUAAAUAUGCACUGACAUUUGACCGCAGUGUCACUAAAAUGUGUUCUUGUUGCAUGCAAUUGACUCUCAAUUCAUAUGAGAGAAAAUAAUGGAUUGGGGUGUCUGUAUUACUCAGCGGCGGAUCUAGCCUCAUCUUUCAAUGGGGUGUUGUGUGACAAAGCCUUACUGCCCACUCUCCUCAGUAUAGUCUGCAACACUACUAUCCUAACAUAUAAUUACCAUUAUUUGAGAUGACUGAAUCUGCAUGUUUGCAGUCCUGUUACAUUUUACAUUAUCUUUUGUACAUAAAGUUUAUAUUGGCUUUUUAUCACAUAAUAUAGUAAGUAGUUCUGCUAAUCGCCAUUGGGUCAUUCCAGAAAACAUCCAUACCACCCCCCCCACGGAGGAAAUAGGAAGUUAACCCCCCUACCCCCUUUGGAUGUCCUAAUACAUUUACUAUUAUCAGAAACAAUUUUUUCUCCCCUCCCCCUCCGGACGGCAGAAAUUUCCUCCGUGGGGGAGUAUGGAUCUUUUCUGGAAUGACCCAUUUCGAAAAGCAGAGAAUGCAUGCUCGGUCAAGCACAUUUCUUAGGGUGCCCAUUUCUUAGGGCCACACCUCCUGCACCCCCUUGGUAUUACUUCAAAGUGGUGUCCGUAUGGACAUAUUUAACUGUAGCAUUUUAUUUUUCAGCUGUGCAGGAGAUUGUUGUUUGUCAAGGACUUUUCAGGUAUGAAAGUAAAACCCUUAAAAUAAGGUAUUUGUGUCAAUUUAUGGGCCAAUUUCCCAUUUUUAGACUUUUUCUUUAUUACCGGUAAUGUAUUAUUUUAUAUACAGUUUUUAUGAUGGUGUUGGACGUAUUCAUGUGGAGAAACUUGACAGAAUUCUUGGAAAGAAAAAACAGGUGAUACAUACCUCAAGAAAGUUAAUUUCAGCAAUGCUUUUAACCCACUGAGUGGUAGCACUCUCCCCUUGACAAGUAAAACUUGCCACAUAAAGGGUUAAGUCACUCCUCUUCACAAUAAAACAACACAAUGAUUAUAUUUACAUUGGCCUGGAACAAGUAGUUUAAUAAGUUUUCUGGCUGUAUUUCAGCUAAAUCAACAAACCCUCCUCUCUAUAUUGGCUAUCCCACAUCUCUAAUCACUCUCUCAAAUGUGCCUGAAAUAAAUAUGCUUCCCAGGGACUUGCAUUAUUUGUAUUAAUUGGGUCAUUCCGGAAAACAUCCAUACCACCCCCACAGAGGAAACUGGAAGUCAACCCCACUGUGAGAGUGCCCCUUUAGAUGUCCUAAUACAGUACACUAACAGUAGAACCUGCCUUACAUCCACCCCAUUAUUACGGCCACCUCUUUAUUACGGCUACUUAUUUUUGUCCCCGAAAAAUGCCAACUGAAGACAAUACAUUUUCUUAUAAAGAUACCCUGUUAAAAUGCCCCCCCCCCCUCUCACCCUGUUAAUAUGGCUAAAUGUUUUCGACCCGUCCUUGGCUGUGUUAACAAGGUACCACUGUACUAUCAUUAGAAACGACUCAUUAGAGAAAUUCACACUGUUUUUUUCUGCAGGUUGCAUUGGGAUGGUUUAAAUUCCGAAGAAAUACAAGACUUUGUGUAUCAAUGCGAGAGAAAGUUAUUCAUAGAAAUCUACUAGAACAAUUUGGGAUUAAAGAUUCUGAAAGUAGGUGCCAAAGAUAUUAUGUUUCAUUUUGAAUAACCAUGCCAAACAACCAAAAGGUAUCUUUAGUUUAUUUUAAAUUAAGUUGAGCAGUGGAAGACAGUGUAAAACGAGGGGUGCUAACUUACAAUAGAUUAGGUUUCCAGCUGCCAAUUUUCCGUAGUUGCUUUGUAUCAAAGUUAUUUUUUCAAAAUAUGUUAAUUUGAUUUAGAGGGGGUGGUUGCCAGGCUUUUAGCCAGAAGGGCGUCCUGAGAUGCUCCUAGAACAAAACGUGGAUGCCUUUGGACGCCCAAAUUAUGGGGGAAAAGGGAAAUUAUUAUCAAUGAUUCCCUAAGUAUAUUAACAUAUCCGAAACGAAAUAGCUUCAAUUCUCAUUAUUAUUAUAUAUUUGACAUUUUGAUAAAUUUAACGGUGUACCUGGCUGAAUGAAAAUGUCAUAGUUAAAAGUAAAGAAGCAAUAGUGGCACAAACUACUAACAUGAAGUAACAAAAACUUCAAAGGUUUUCCAGAGGAACGUUUUCUCUAACCCCCACACCCCUCUUUAUGGUAGAUCUAUAGUUAUGUCAAAAUUGGACGCCCUCUUUUAGGACCCUGGCUAAAAGCCUGGUGGUUGCCCUCCCUCCCAGUGCCCACCUUAAAUGAACCCGAGUAACAAUAACCAAGGAAUUAUUACAUCAUGGAUUUAUUACCUUGUUUUUGCUUUUUAUUUUAUUUUAUUUAUUUUAUAGAUUUUGUUUUCUCUGUUUUCUCAUCACAACAUGCUAAGAAUUUAGCAACUCACACAUUUCGAUAUUCAGCUUUUUAUUGUCCAAAACAUUACAACAGGUGGGUAAAGAAGUGGAAAACUACUAGAAUUUAAUUGUGUUGCAUCCGUUCUGGUCAAUUACAUACUGUAUGUCUGUAUGUCAGGCUAUGCUUUCCUUAGAUGAAUCUUCUACAAUAUUCUAAUAUUUAUAUAUCAUUUUCAGAGUGUUUAAUGGGGUACCUAUACAAAUUAUUAAUCUUGGCAACACUGCACAAACAGAAUAUAAACAAGACAUUGCAGCAACAAGCUCUACAUCAAAACAAUAUCAGAAUGUCAUUGGUUCAUUUAGGUAAGUAAAAUGACCCAUUCAUCUAUAAAGUUGUUGAGAUUUCACUUUGCAGUUGGUUAUUUCCCAUUAGGCCAAAUACAAAAAAAUACUUGGUUAGCGUCACACUCUCACAAAUUUUCAGAGGCGGGCGGGCGGAUUUUUUUUUUAAUUUUUACUCGUUUUUUAAUUUUUUAAUAGUAUUUUUGGAGGGGAUGGGGGGCGGUUUUUCCACCAUAUCGGUGAUAUUUUUUGUACUGAUGUUGCGAAGGCCGCCAUUUUGCUUUAAGAACCUUGUAUACCCAAGCCUACGCGCUCCUAUUGAUCAGUAUAUAGCGCGAAGGUCUGAGCAUGAGAAAAAUUUCAAAUAUUAAACUGUUUUAAGCUGUAAAACGAAGAGAUUUACAUACAAAAAAAUUUUAAAAAAAUCAGAGGCGGCAGAAAAUCGAGAGGCGGGUGGUGACGCUAACCAAGUAUUUUUUUUUAUUUGGCCUUAAGUUGCAUUGCACCCAAUUUUACUCUGCCUAACGCCAGAUGAUUUUACUUGUCAAGGGGGGAGCAUGCUGAUGCUCAAUGUGUUGCUGAUGCUCAAUGUGUUAAUCUGCCCAUGCAUCCUGUUGACCUUUUGGCAUUGUAUCUUAGAGCGCCCUACUUUGUUAUUUUACUCUGCGCCAGGCGAUUUACUCGUCAAGAGGAGAGCACUGGCACUCAAUAUGUUAUUUAAACUACCAGUACCUGUCUGAAAAAGAUAAGAAAAACUUAUUCAAUGAAGGCUUUUCAUCAUAAAGUUAGUAAGAAGAUGCUAAAUAUUUUUCACAUAGUUUAAGGAAUCUUACAUACACUGGACCCUCACAAUUAAGAUAUAUUUUCAGGAAUUUCAGACACAAACCACAGCUGCUUAUUGCAGAACACUUGUCCAGUGCCCCACAUUUAAGAUCUCUUUUUCCAUGUAGUUCAGACACAAACCACAGCAACUGUCAACUUAUGUCUUAUUGCAGAGUACUAGUUUCCACACAAUUAAACCGCAACAGUUUAUGGAAGAAUAUUACUUACACUAAACCUCCAGAUUUGAGAUAAUUUACUUGUAUAAUUAACCAUAAAUGGAUUUUCAGGGUGAGCAAGGGCAUCUGCAGCAGGUGUCUGGGUCACAGUCCCUAGUGGGGACAGGUUGGGGAUAAGGGGCUUUGCCCCGAAAGAAAAUGGAAGGUCUUAUGUAGUUCAAAAUCCUAAUUUCAAUACUACUGUUAUUUUAUCCAAUAGCAUUUAAGUUUAUGACUUCUGAGGAGGUGCAAAUUUCUCUAUGUGGGAUGGGAAAAUGUUCUCAGCAAAAAUUUGUUGGGGGUGCAAGCCCCCCCCCCCCCAGCAAAAGCUGUCUAUGAAUUGAACUACGUUUAAUAUUGUUGUUUUUAGUGAUGAAUUCCUGGAUAAUGUAGGGCAGUUACAGCAAGUGAAACAUGCUCGUUCAAUGUAUAAAAACAUGUUAGGGAAAUUGAAGGUAAAGUUGUGAAGUCAUCUCGUUUGCUGCCUUGUUCAUGAAGAGAGAAAUUGAUUCUCAUCAGCCAUAUAAUGUUCCUGAAACCCUGUACCUCACAGAAAAUAUGAUGUUGUAGGGUUUGAAGGAAGCUGUUCAUAAAAGCGAAUCACAGCUGAUAGGUCUUUCAGAUAAUAUUGAGAUUCUUAAACAUCAACUGGAGAAGGCAAUGCAGGAGAAAAGAUUAAAACCAGAAGAUACAACAUCUGAAGGUAAAUAUUCAUACAAAAUACAAUUGGAAACAAUGUGUAUGACCAUUAUAGUUUUUUUACUAUUAUGUGUUAUUCUCUUUAACAUGUCCAGUAUCUUAAACAAUAUUGUCGAUUUUCACUUUCCACCAGAUGAUCUUAUCCUGUUGGAUGACAAAAGUGAACAAGAUCUGAUGUCUUUUGAAGAUUUGGAGACUGAGGAUGAAAGCUCACAAGAAGCAACAAAACAUGUGGUUGUUGCAAAACAUAUUUAUACACACACGACACAAGAAACAAACUCUGCAGAAACAUCUGUUAAUCAUACAAGACCAGAGCGAACAAACUAUGCAAAUGAGGAUGGCCACAGGUCUUAUGAUCAUCAAAGAAAAUCACCACAAUAUUAAGAUAUUAGUAUCUGAAUGAAUAUACAAACAUGAUUUUUUUCGGAUAGGUUAAUGUUAAAUUUCACACACUGAAAUGUGAAUUAAACCUGGUAAGGGUUUGCAACACACAAUACUGUGACAUUGCAACACACAAUACUGUGACAUUGCAACUACAGCUCAGGAACUUCAUUGAUACAAUGAAAAAGUAAAAUGAAGUACUCUAGUUGUUACAAUUUGUUAUGAUUAAGGCAAUCAAAUGCUGCAAAUCCACAGCAGGUUUUGGAGGUGAGGAGAACAAUGUCUUAGAAUAAUCUUGGGUCUUGAUGAAAGGCCAGAUAUUUCAUUGUGUAUGGCAUAUAACCUUGAAAAAAGAAAGGAAAAUUGUAUAUUCACAAAAAAACCUGCAGAUGCUGAUCUGAAUAUAGAUUCAUGCAGAGGUGCAACUGUUGGGGGGGGGGUUACACCCCCCAGUUUAAAAAUGGUAUGAUACUCAGGCAAAUUUUGCCUAGUGUUCGACUGUUUUUUAGGCAAAGAAAUUGAAGUCAUCUGAGGAAAGGAUAGAAAAGUUCUGUCAACAACUCACACUCCCCAAGUAUGUACAGUCAAGUUGCAACCCUGGAUUGUCAACAGUUGGCCCGGGUAAGGAUUAGGAUCAGCAUUCAUGAGCAGCAAGCCACAAAUCUAUAACUGCAAUCUAGGCUAUCUAGCUACUAUACCUAAUGAUCUGGCUCGUCGAAUUGCCCUUUUUAUUUCAUUCUGCUUUAAUUGACAUAAGCCUAGAAAAGAUAAAAACUUGUUACAUUGCAUUAUAAUAAAAUUAACAUUACUAACUGUACAUAUCUAAGCCUUUACCUGUUGCCACCUUGCUGUAUAUUCUGCCUGUGUGCGGAGAUACAAAUUGAGACAAUAAUCUCACAUUCUAAAAAAAUUUAGAAGUUUAGAUUUGGUCAGGGUCUUGCUAUUUGUUACCAAAAUUGGGUGAUUAAUAGUUUCUAUUCUAAGCAUCAAUGAAUUGACUACAGAAUAGUCAUUCCUAUAGUACCAGAUCGAACAGACUGGAUAUCUUUCAGUGGGUAAAUGAGAUGGAGAUUGCUACCUUGUAGUUAAUAGAUAUGUCUCCAUGCUUAGGACAUAGCAAACAUCCUGUGGGUCUAUCUUCAGGAUCCAUUUUCUAGAAACAUAUAGAUUAGGGU